AUGUCGCCGCCCGAUGACGACGGCCGCCCGAUGCAGUCGACCUCCCGCUCCCCGCUCGACGGCAGCUCAGACAGCGACGCCUCCAUGCAGCUUGACUCCGAUAUCGACGUCGAUAUCAAGAAGGACCCCGAUGCCGAUGCUGAGGGUGAGGAGGUCGACGAGGAGGAGACCCAGCCUGUUGCCAAGACCAAUGGCCACAGUUCACCAUAUAUAAAGAACGGAGUUAUCAAGGACGAAGAAUCGGGUUACUCAGAUGAGCCUGAAGACGACGAUGAGGACGCGUCGUACGCAGACGAGGAGUAUGGGUCCUCUAAGAAGAAGGCUCCGAAGAAGAAGGCCCCGUCGAGGCCGAAGCCAAAGGUGACAACUCGACAUUCUGGGUCUGACUCCGAUUCGGACUAUGGCUCGAAGUCGAAGAAGAAAAAGAAGGCGAAGGCGAACGAAAUACGCGUGUCUAGCAGAGGCGGUAGAAUCCCAAACUAUGUGGACGACGUCCAAGACUUCGAGCAAUUCGACGAAGACGUUCCCGAAGGGACAUACGUCGACGCUGUCACUGAGGAUUACGAUGAAAUCGAGGCUGUUCUGGGACACUGUCGAGACGAGGGACACGAGGACGACCCUGCGGACGACUGGACGCGGAACAUUCGCUUCCACAUAAAGUGGAAGAACUUCUCGCAUUUGCACAAUACCGACGAAGUCUAUGAGUUUUUGAAGAGAUACAAGGGUAUUAAGCGGGUAGACAACUACAUCAAGGCGUACAAGACAUACCAGGAGCGCCUCAGGUCACCCGAGACCUCUCGUGAGGAGAAGGAGGGCCUUCUACUCGCUAAGGAGCGCGAGAAAGAGGAGCUCGAAACAUACAAGAUCGCUGACCGUGUCGUCGCCCAGCGCGAGACGAGCAGUGGCGCGGUCGAGUACUUCUGCAAGUGGACGAACCUCAACUACGACCAUUGCACAUGGGAACUGCUCGAGGAGAUUCGGUCUAACGCGAAAGACCAGCUCGAGGCGUUCAGGAAGCGCGAGGCAGAAGCGAAGUUCCCUUACAAGAGCAUCAGCUACCCGCGCCAUGCACGACCAACUUUCCAGAAGAUCAAGGAAGACCCCGAGUAUCUGACAGUGACGGGUGGAGAGCUCAAAGACUUCCAGCUCACGGGCCUGAACUGGCUCGCCUAUCUCUGGAGCAAGGGCGAGAAUGGUAUCUUGGCUGACGAGAUGGGUCUGGGCAAGACGGUACAGACGGUGUCGUUCUUGUCGUACCUAUUCCACGAAUUGCGGCAGUAUGGCCCGUUCCUUGUCAUUGUCCCGCUGUCGACGAUCACAGCUUGGGAGAUGCAAUUCGCGACCUGGGCGCCUGAUCUGAACGUCAUUAAGUACACCGGUACCGCCUUUGCACGGGAGGUCAUCAGGAAAUACGAGUUUGGGCCCUCAAACAAGAAGCUCAAGAUGAAUGUGCUUCUGACGACCUACGAAAUCACAUUGCGUGAUUCGAAGGAACUCGGGGAUAUCAAGUGGCAGGUGCUUGCUGUUGAUGAGGCACACCGACUCAAGAACUCCGAGAGUCAGCUCUAUGAGGCGUUGAGGUCGUUCCCGGCCGCCUCGAAGUUGCUCAUUACAGGCACUCCGCUGCAGAACAACGUGAAAGAGCUCUUGUCGUUGAUGCACUUCCUCAUGCCGGAGAAGUUCCAGCUCUCCAACGAGUUUGACCUCGCGGAUGCUGACCAUGAGGAGAAGAUCAAGGAACUGCACAAACAGCUCGAGUCGCUGAUGCUUCGCCGACUAAAGCGCGAUGUCCUCACGUCAAUGCCUUCGAAGAGCGAGCGCAUCCUCCGUGUCGAGAUGAGUGGGCUCCAGACGCACUUCUAUAAGAACAUCUUGACGAAGAACUUCCAAGGCCUGGUCAAGAGUGCCAAUGGCAAUAGCAACAUCAGCUUGCUGAAUAUCGUCAUGGAGUUGAAGAAGGCGGCGAACCACCCGUACCUAUUCGACGGUGCCGAGGGGAAGACUGAUAACGAGGAAGAGACACUGAAAGGCCUCGUCAUGAGCAGCGGAAAGAUGGUGCUGCUCGACAAGUUGCUGGCUCGACUGCGGCAGGAUGGACACCGUGUCCUCAUUUUCAGCCAGAUGGUCCGGAUGCUUGAUAUCCUUAGUGACUAUAUGGUCAUGCGAAGCUACCCGCAUCAACGACUCGACGGCAUGAUCUCUUCUGAACUCCGCAAGAAGGCCAUUGCGCACUUUAAUGCGCCGGGCUCAACAGACUUCGCGUUCCUUCUCUCGACACGCGCAGGAGGUCUGGGUAUCAAUCUCGAGACCGCCGACACGGUGAUCAUAUUUGACAGCGACUGGAACCCGCAGAACGACCUGCAGGCCAUGGCGCGGGCACACCGUAUCGGCCAGAAGUCGCACGUCAGCGUGUACCGCUUCGUGAGCAAGGACACCAUGGAGGAGGACAUGCUGGAGCGUGCCAAGAAGAAGAUGGUGCUGGAGUAUGCCAUCAUCAAUCAGAUGGACACGUCGCAAGCGCACCUCAGCUCGAAGGCGACGACUACGAAGGACCCAUCGAAGCCCAACGACUUGAGCAAGGACGAGCUCCAUGCUGUGCUCAAGUACGGUGCGCAGAAGAUCUUCGACAAGGAUGACACUGACCAGUCGAAGAAACUCGACGAGAUGGACUUAGACGACAUCCUCAACCGCGCCGAGGCUCACGAGACUGUCGCAUCCUCCGCUGACGGCGCUUCACUGGGUGGCGAAGGCUUCCUGGCACAGUUUGCCAACAUCAGCGACGUGAAGAACGACAUGGCCUGGGAGGACAUCAUCCCCGCUGAGGCCCGGCAACAGUUUGAGAGUGAAGAGGACCAGCGGAGAGCAGAGGAGCUCGCUGCCGAGGAGACGAAGGACCGGAAACGGUCUCAUGCCCAAGUGUCGUACGAGGGUAUGGACGUCGACCACGCCCCUUCGCAACCCCCCCUCAAGAAGCCGAAGCAUCCUGCUCCUCAACGCAAGUCUGCGAGUCAGAAGGCCCUCGAGCUCAAAGAGCGCGACGUCCGUGUCCUCAUCCGGAGUUUACAGCGGUGGGGCGACAUCCGGCAGCGGUACGACGUCAUCGUCACCGAGGCCAAACUUCAGGACAAGAACCGCGGUAUGAUCAUGGAUACCUCCGAUGAGAUUGUCGAUCUUUGUUCCCGGGCAGUCGACGAGAGCAACGCCGAGAAGCGGUCGCGCAUGGCUGCCGGUGAGACCCUGACGAAUGCUCAGAAGAGCAAGGCGGUGCUGGUCACGUACAAGAACGUCGGCAACAUCAAUGCGGAGACGGUAGUCUCGAGACACCGCGAGCUGCGCAUCCUGUACGACUACCUCAAGGAUGUCCCGGACGUAUACCAGUGGCAGAUCCCGGUGGACAACAUUCGUCCCACGCUCAACUGGUCUGGUCGAUGGGGACCCCAAGAGGACUCCAUGCUCCUAGUUGGCGCAUAUGUGUACGGCUUCGGCAACUGGGAGGCCAUGGCUAAGGACCCCGGGCUAGGGCUCGACGGCAAGUUCUUCUUGGAAGAGGGCAAAAAAGGCGAGGACGCUUCGACGAAGCCCAUUCCUAAUGCCAUCCACCUGGUCCGACGAGGAGACUACCUGCUCAGCCAGCUGCGGGAGCAUGACGAGAAGAUCAAGGCGAUCACGACGACGCUGCACCGCAAAGGCGCGUCUCUUGGCAUGUCCGCAUCUCCACCGCCGCCAAUCGCUUCGUCGUCGUACUCAAACGGCCUGAAGCGGAGGGCAGAGAGCGAGGCGGUUGCCUCUGUUGAUGAGGGAAGCACGAAGAGAAGGAAGCGGCGCCCAACGCCGACUUUCACCGACUCUUCUUCCUCUGACGAAUGUCCAUCCAUGGAUGAGGCAGCGACGAAGGAAGAGUUGCGACCCGUGAAGAAGCAACUGAAAAACCUCAAACUCUCUGGAGGUGAUAUGCCACGGGACGAGAAGGUUACCAUCCUCAAAGAAUCGCUGGCCGCUAUCGGCAAGCGAAUAGAGGCGGUUCUUGUCCAGAAGCAAACUGCUGGUGAAGACCGCGAUAGAUGGCGUAGACACUUGUGGACUUUCGUGACCUUGUUCUGGCCAAAGAAGGUGAAGGCGGGGAAGCUUGAAGAGAUUCACGCCAAGAUGGUCAUGAAGGAGAGCGCACCGCGUGCGUCGUCGAGCGAUGGCCCAAGCGCUGCCAAGAAGCCACGCUUGAGCUCGGGAUCGACCACGGUUUCUCGGAAUGGCGGUUCUGCGAUCCCAUCGUCGUCCACGACAACAUCGCUCGCGAACAACAAGUACCGAUGACGUCGUGCUGGACGUCGACGCUCUCGCUCGUGCUCUUCUGCUGCUGCUUACAGGACUACCACAAUUAUCGUACUGUCUAGCUUACGUCCGGUCCACAUUACAGUCCGCCUAUUAUACUCGCCUGUACAGUAUUCUUAUUUUCCGUGCUCUCAGUCUGUCUCAGUGAUCCUCUUUUGCUUUGGUGCUCCUGUGUCGUUGGUAUAGCCCGUAGUUACUCUCUCUGGUCAAUUUGUACAACACGCAUACCUCACUCGAAACGAUGAAACCCUGCUUUGUUCUGUUCA